ACGUGUCUCCAGAACCCCCUCUCUUCUUCUCUUUUUUAUUUCAUUUCUUUUUUCCUUUUUCUUUUUCUUAUUCUUAUCUUAAUGGAUAUAAAUAAUCAAGAGUAAGUAUAUUAGAAAGGCAUUAUUAAACAAGAAGUUAGGAGUCGGUUUCUCCCAAGUUAUACCAACCUUCACAUAGUGGUACUGUGACUGUGACACCAACACCUUUCGUCUGAUAUAUUGCAAGAUCAUCAUAUCAUGGCUUUCAGGUCAAUGGGACAAUUGAAAUCCAUGGCUAAAGGACUAAGAGGCCUAGCCACCGCAACCCUGCCAAAGAUGAAGGCGUACGCCGCCCCGGCCGAGCUCCUCGGCCGCGACGGCAGCCACCGCCUCCGCCGCCACAAGCUGCUGCCAUUCAAAGGCGACUUCGUGCCGGUGUACGUGGCGGUGGGGCUGAUCGCGCUGUCGACGACGUUAGGGCUCUACUCGGCGACGCUGCAGCUGCGGCACGGGCCGAACGUGUUCGUGAAGAAGAAGCGGCGGGAGACGAUCCCGGAGGUGGCGGAGCCGGAGCACGUCCUGGAGGACGCCGAGGAGUUCGUCAAGAAGUCGUUUUUUAGGAGGGUGGCCCACAUCCAAGACCCGGAACAUAACUAUGUUGUUAAGGAUGAGACAAGAGGAGAUUUUUUUGCACAUUUGCCCCUCAAAGCUGUGACUCUUAAGGAUGUUGGAGUUGAGCCUCUUCUCCCUCCUCCCUAUCACUGAGGCUUUACUAUAAUUAAAGCUUGUGUGUCUAUAUGCUCUUUACUAGUUUUUUGUUUGUCGUUUUUUUUUUUUUUUUUUUUCCUGUUUUUGAUGCAAAAGUAAUGAAGAGCAGUUUAUUUUUGUUUUUUGGGGGGGUUUAUUUUUGUUAUUUGCUUCUUGUAUUGUAUAUAAUGAUGUUGGGAGCAAAUAAU